UCUCUCUCUCACUCACUCUCUCCCUCCCUCUCUCUCCACCCCUCCCACUCGUUCUCUCCCUCCUCCUCCCUGCGCUACGAGGUUGGAGCUCCACGUAUGAAGCUCUUCUCUCGGCAGUGAACAGGAUCCGCGGCGCGACACUCGGGGAGAAAGAUGGCGGCAGUGGAGCGUCCGCCUGCGAGGGAGGCGGUGCGGAUCGUGCUGCUGUGUACAUCCUGGUACACGGUGAGCUCCGGCGGCAACGUCAUCAACAAAAUCAUCCUGAACAAAUUCCCGUAUCCGGUCACCGUCUCGCUUUUCCACAUCUUCUCCAUCGUGCUGUUUCUGCCGCCGCUGCUGCGCGCCUGGGGCGUCCCGAAGUCUGAAUUACCGGCCACCUACUACCGCUGGUACAUUCUUCCUCUGGCGUUCGGCAAAUAUUUCGCCUCCGUGUCGGCUCACUUCAGCAUAUGGAAGGUGCCCGUGUCCUACGCGCACACGGUGAAAGCCACUAUGCCUAUAUGGGUCGUGCUGUUGUCACGGAUCAUCAUGAAGGAGAAGCAAACCACAAAGGUCUAUGUCUCCCUCAUUCCCAUCAUAAGUGGCGUCCUGUUGGCUACAGUGACUGAGCUGUCAUUCGAUCUGUCGGGGUUAAUCAGUGCUCUGGCAGCAACGCUUUGCUUCUCUUUACAAAACAUAUUCUCCAAAAAGGUUUUGCGUGACACAAGGAUCCACCACCUGCAUCUGCUCAACACUCUUGGCUUCAAUGCAGUUUUGUUCAUGCUGCCCACGUGGAUUUUAGUUGACCUGUCUUCUUUUCUGGUUGAUGGAGACUUUUCAGAGGUUUCCAGCUGGACUGAAACGUUGGUGCUGCUCAUUAUCAGUGGCUUCUGCAACUUUGCACAGAACAUGAUUGCGUUUAGCGUUUUAAACAUAGUCAGUCCUCUCAGCUACGCGGUUGCUAACGCUACGAAGAGGAUCAUGGUGAUCAGUAUAUCCUUACUAUUACUGAGAAACCCUGUUAGCCUGUCCAACAUCAUGGGGAUGAUGACUGCCAUCCUGGGUGUCUUCCUGUACAACAAGGCGAAAUACGACGCGAACCAAGAGGCGAAGAAGAAAUUGCUGCCGGUCUCUUCACAGGAUAUGAUUUCAUUCGACAAGCCCCAGUCUAAUGGCUCAGUGCCCUCAAAACAAGGCUCGGAAUAUCAGUACAGCCGGACCAACAUGCACAGCGACCACUUUCAGUACAGCCGGCAGGCCUACACAACGAACUAUGCCUCCAACCAAUACGUCGUCUAACGGAAAAACUGUUAAACCUCAACAGGACACUGUAUGUCAUGUGGAACUCGCUUUUUCUGUGCCAGACACUCCUAUUUAUUUCACUCGUUUUGGGUUAUUUUUUUCAGUAGUUUACAUAAGUUCUCAGUAAUUGAGGGUGCAAAUCAGACCUUUAGCCUUAGGUGGAAUUCAUUUAUAGGCUAAAAAUAAUAAUGUUCACUAUUAUAUUACUGUGUAUAAAUUCAAGGUGUUACGGUUGCAGUCAUUAUCGUUUAAAACAAGAGAAGGUCUCGGGCAUCGGAACUGCUUGACACUGGGACGACACGCGUUCUCAUUGUCCAUUAAAGACAAAAUCGUGAAAGAAUUGCUUCUACUUGUAAAUAUUUUCACGUAUUUAAUUUUUGUAGAAGUUUCCGAGUGAUGCAUAUCAUGGUUUUUUUUAUUUUUUAUGUGUAUCGCCUGUUGAAGGCCACGCUCUUGUUCUAGUCGGUACUUUUUCGGUCAUCAGUGUUUUCGCGUGCCAGUUCUUAUCAUUAUACGGACCCAUAGUAAUUAGGUUUAUUUGUGUUUAUUAUUCAGAAUCAAGUGGGUGAGUUAUUUUUUUUUUAAGGUGGGUGAACUUUGUAAUGUAAUGCUGGUUGAAAUUAAGUUGCAUAGGUGCACUUGUUUGGUAGAAUGCUGCAAUGCAAUUUUACAAUCCUCUCAGUUUGAUAUCAGUCAGUACUUUUUUUAGGAAAGUGCAAAUUAUACGUCAUUGGGUCUGAUCCACAAGUGACCCGAUCAACUUGUUCUGAGCAUCAAGGGUUUGUUUUGGGUUUCUUCGCAUGCUCAAACCAUGAGGAAUGUUUUUCAGUUGAUCAACACGAGCCAUUCUAAAGACGUUAUUGAUUAAGGCGUCGAUGAAUACGUCGAUGAAUGUUUUCCGCUCCGACAUGAUUUCGUAAAGUCAGUUGCUUUACAUUUGAAAUGGAUUUUGUUUAAAUUCAUAUAGUAGCAUAUAGAACAUUCAUUGGGUAGGGAAAUACGUAUGUUGUAUUUGUUUUUUGUUUUGUUUUUUCCAAAAACUGCUGGCAAAAUCUACUGUUUUGAUCAAUCGCUUGCCUCAGUCUGCUAUCUACUGUUUUUGUCAAUACUAUAGCCUUGAAAUGCAAGGUGUGAAGCAUAAACUAGAGUCUACCAGCUUGUUCAUUUUGCCAGAAUGUUUCAUUUGCAGCUAGAAUUUUGUUGAUGUUUGCACAGUUAUUCAGUGUUUCUUUGUAUUGUCUCUUCUCCCUAAAGCUUUCAGAAUUCCUCCGCUCGUGUUUUGCAGAUGUAUAUUUUUUAUCAUCAUGUGAAAAAGGAUCCAUUGACUUAAAGAAAAGAAAAAAAGAAAAUAGUAAUAAAUGUCUGACUGCCGGGAAGUUAGACACAGUUUUAAUAAAAAGCAUGUAAAUUCCUCUCUGCAGCUUAAGAGUAACAUGUCAAUGUGAUUUUUCUUUUUGUAUGCAAGUAUAGAGGUUUUUGUAAUUAUUUUUUAACGCAGUCCAAACUGAAUUCGAAGCCGCAAGAUUUUAGCCGUUUUAAAGGUCUGUGCAACUGAUGAUCGAACGCUUCAUAAAACACGUCUGAUUGUGGGAAUCGAUUGUUCUUUGGAAACCGCUUAGUAUGAAUGAAUGAAUUAAAGGUUGUGAGAGAACAAGAUUA